UAACUAGGUCAAGCUCAGCGUGACUUCUAGUCUAUGCCCAAUGCGCCGACGACGGUUAAGGCAAAGGUGUAGCUGAUUUGACAUGUAAUAGCAGAAAUCUCGACGGAAAAUAUCGCUGUUUAUUUGAGUGCCUGAACGUGCUAGACCGGAAACACGCGGAAAUCCACAAAAGGCAGCAAUUUCAUAGAUAAAGGGGAUGAAUUCCCGUACAGACAACUCGGGAACAAGCCCGCCGCUCUAUUUGGUGACGCCAGUCAUAGAUAGUAGGCCGAUGAAACUUCUCACGGGAUUUGAUGUCUUCCUCAAACUGGAAAAUCUUCAACCCCCGGGGUCCUUCAAGUGCAGGGGGAUAAGUCAUCAGUGUAAAAAGGCAAAAGAAAGAGGUUGCAAGACGAUAGUAUGUGCUUCCGGCGGAAAUGCUGGUCUAGCAGCGGCAUAUUCUGCGCAGGCGCUGAAGAUACCCGCACGAAUCGUACUUCCUAAAAGUACCCCGAAUUUUGUAGCGGACAAGCUUCGGACUUAUUAUGGUGCUGAAGUUGAAAUCCAUGGAGAAGUGUGGGACGAAGCCAACUCGUAUGCACUCAAACUCUGCGAGCAACCAGGUUUUGUAUAUGUCCAUCCAUUUGACAACAAAGACGUAUGGGAAGGUCAUACAAGUAUGAUAAAGGAAUCAGCAGAGCAGCUCUCACGACGGCCGGAUGUGGUCAUUCUGUGUGGGGGUGGUGGUUUGUUGUGUGGGGUGGCCCAGGGGAUGAACGAGGUGGGGUGGGGCGAGGUACCCUUACUCUGUAUGGAAACGAUCGGUGUAGACAGUUUUAACCAGAGCGUCAAGGCAGGGCACCUAGUCACCCUUUCCACCAUUACAAGUGUGGCACUCUGUCUGGCCGCCAAGACACCGUGUGAGAGGAGUCUUCAGUAUUCCCAGGAACGACCCCUCAUCUCGGAAGUUGUAGAGGACCGGGAUGCUAUCAGCGCAUGUCUGAGAUUCGCAGACGAUCACCGAAUGAUGGUAGAACCUGCGUGUGGCGCAGCAUUGGCAGCCAUUUACAGUAACGUUAUCCCCAAACUGCAGGGGGAGGGCAGGUUGGGAGAGGUCAAGUCAGCGCUGGUCAUCGUGUGCGGAGGGUCAUCGGUCAGCGGGGAACUGCUACAGAAGUGGAAGAAAGACUUCUGUUUGUAACUCAAAUUGUACAGCCGAAAUUUUUGACACAUGCAUUAAAAGAGCACAGGAGCCUUGUGAAUAUUGCAAAGCAAAAUGCCGGUGUAUUGAUGACCAGUGCUAUUAUAUGAAUUUGUAUGAUGUAUGAAUAAAAUAUUUGAAA